UUGUUGAUUUGGAAACAAAGUGUAUCCGCUUAAGUUAAUGUAUACAUCAUAUUAUAACAGUAUAUUGUGUUGAUACUGAUUCGAUAUUUGGAUUUGACCUCGGUUAAGGAUUGUGGACCAUAUCGGGGAUGGCGUGGGUUGUAUGUUUAGCACACGACGCAAUGCAUUUUCCAUACGCCGGGCCCGUCACAAUUGAACCUUGAACACACGUCUUUGACGUCACCUGUCUCUUCAGUAGACUUUCCCGUUCCGUUCUAUCAAAAGGUUUUGAUCUAAAAAUAUGCGACCUCUUUAAGUGUUCCGCUAUUUAGAGUUUUAAUUUUAGCCUGUAUUUGAGUGUACCUAUGACUCAGAACACUGUGAUCCUUGUAAGAAAACCCCGCUACCGUCUUCACGUACACAACAGAAGCUUGGCGCUGGCUCUAGAUUUAAAAGCGGUCUCACUUCAGGGCGACUAGAUUUGCUUUGUCAACAAGUGACCGUUUCAUUGAUCGCAGUCUACGUUACAUGUUAGUCUCUGACAAAGGAAACCAUUAGUUUUGUUUUGUUUUUCGAAACUAUUUUAGUGUAUACAGCUGAUUGAAGUCAUGUUGUAGGCUAUCAGUCGCCAGUUUUGCAAUUUCCUAUUGCCAAAGUGAAAAGGACUGCAUACUCUCAAUUUAAGGAAUGUCAGUACAGCUGAUUAAAUCUCAGAAUUCGCCCUAAAGACUAUUUCUAAUAAUUGCAAGUCAUAUUAAAUUGAAGUGUGUCUCUUGGGAUUAUUGCAAAUAAAAUGGAGUGACUUAAAAAGUAAAGCCUGAUCUUUUGGUAUCAUAACAAGCCAACAAAAGCCUAACAAGUUGUAACUCAAGAACUCAGAGAAUGGCAUCGAAAAUAAAAGGCUUGCAGAUGUGGUGCAAGAAGAUGACUGAGGGCUAUCCCAAUGUUGACAUUGCCAACUUCACCACAUCAUGGAGAAAUGGCUUGGCAUUCUGUGCUAUCAUUCACCGCUUCAGACCAGAUCUCAUAGAUUUUGAUUCGUUGUCACCAGAUGAUGUAUUUGACAAUUGUAAAUUGGCCUUUGAACUAGCCGAAAAAGAAUUGCAAAUCCCAGCAUUCCUUGAAGCAUCAGACAUGGCCAGGUUGAAAGUGCCUGACAAACUAAGUAUUAUUACUUAUGUUUCACAAUACUACAAUUACCUGCAUGCUCUUCCACAAUUGGGUGGACCUGGUGUAAAAGCCAAAGUUUCCAGUAAGAACAUUUCAGGCACCAAAAGACCCCCAGAAGUGGAUGUGUCUCUAGCACCCACAACCAAGAAAGCAUCUACAGAUCUUGCUAAAGAAAACUCUACCCCUAUGGCAGAGAAAAAUCCAAAGGAGCCCCUUGUCAACAAGUGUGCUAUUUGCCAAAAGCAGGUUUAUUUGUUAGAACGACACAUGGAAGGUGGCAAACUUUAUCACCGCUCUUGUUUUCGCCACAGUGAACUUUCACCCACAAACAAGGUCUACAGUAGGUCACCAUUCUUGUCGCCUUCCCUGAAUUCAGGGAGCCCAGUGAGUCCUUUCCAUGAAAUAAAUGAUUCUAAAGGAGAUGGACUACACAAUGACAAAACUGUCAAAAAAACAGAAGGAGUAGCAGUGAAGCAUUCUCUUUCUGAACCAGACAGAGAGGAUUCUAAAAAAUCCAAGUAUCAGUCCAGUGAAUCCUCCAGUGCCAAAAUCGCUAUUAAAGAGAGACUUGAAGAUCUGAAAUCAAAGUAUACUGAGAAAGAAAAAAUACAUGACCACUAUUUGCCUUUGUCUAGCAAAGAAGCAAACAAACUAGAAAAAAGAAAAGCAGAAAUCCUUUCCUCUGAAAAAUCAGCAGAGACUGCCAUUAAAGGCAGUAAAAGAAGUGUGCCUCUCAUAUUUCAAAAGCAGGAAGAACUAAAAGCUUCUGCUAGUUUAGAACAAAGUGUUUCACUGUCUAGUACCAGUUCAUUUCCAAAAACACCCAUUUCCAAUAAUGGAUCCAAAGCAGGAGAUACAAACAAGUUCUUGAAAGACAAGACUAAAUUUGAAGAUGGAAAUGAUUUAAAACUUGACCAAAAAAUCACUGCAGCAAGCGUGUCCACAACAAGUCAAGAAGCCACCAAAAAAUUGACUAAUCCAAAAGCUAAACCUAGAAGUCUUGCUUCUACAUUUAUUAAUGAGAUGCCUCCAGCUAAACUUUUAUCUGACACUUCUGAAAUGUCAGUGUCUAAAGAGAAAACACCAAAACCUGCUCCGCGCAGGCUUUUCACUGAGUCUAGUGAUAUAAAGCCAACACCUGAAAGACCCAAGGCCCUUGCCAUAUCACAAGAUCCUGUCAACUCUAAAACUAAAAAUGAAACUCCUGAGUCUCCUCCUCCUCUUCCAUCAACACUACCUCCAUCUGUCUCCAAGCACCCUAGUCUUCAGUCACCUGUGUCACCUACAACAUUUCCACCAGCUCAUGCUAUAGAAGCCCACUCAAAGAUUUCUUCUUCUGCAAAGACAGUUAACACUGAAUCUAAAGAAUCAGAAAGAGAGUCUAAUAGAGUUUCAGAAAAGAGGUGGUCAACACCUGCAGCUCUAGCCUCUCCUGCUGUCCUGGUGAUACCUAUGGAGAAGAAAGAAGAAGAGAAUGUCAAGACUGGGCUGCUGUCUUCCUUGGCAAAGGUUAGGAAUAGAACUAUGUCCACUCCAGGACCAAAUUCUGUAAAUUUAACCUUGCCUUCUCAGUCGCACACAGUUUCCAACCAGUCCAAUAGUAAGUUUUCCAGCGUGGGAUCUUCAAAACCAGACUAUGUACUUUCUGAUUUAUCAAUUCCAAACAAAUCAAAGUUAGGUACUCAGUCAAAAGAAAAAACAAAGAGUACCUUAAAGCCAUCAGGCCAAAAUGAGUUAACUAUUUUUAAAGUACCUGAUGAAACACCAAAAAAAGAUUCCAGCACUGCGGCUAUUAAAUCCAAAAACAUACCUGAAUCAGUCAGUGCCUUAAGUUCAUUAAAGCAUAUAGAUCUCCGAACACCAUCACAGACUCAGUCCCCUACUAAAUCUACUACCAAAGAAAAAUCAGAAACUCCUUCACUGAUGGGUAUCUUGAAAAAUGGGAUCAAGAAGUCCACUAAAAUGGAAAUCAAAGAUGUUGCCUCUAAGAAAGACAGCUCUGUAUCACCAGCUCUAAAAGAUGUUAAGCAGUUAAGUUCUGUAUCCAUUGAUGUGAGUCUCACUGAAAGAAAGCCAGUGGAUCAAAUUGAUCGUAAAAAAUCAAACACUCAUUUGAUAAGCACUGAUAGUAAAUCAAAUACAGAAAACCAGAAGAAUGUACCCAAAUCAAACAAAUUCUUGCCUGAGGAGAAAGUUAUUAAUACUCCUUCAUCUGUAGAUAUUUCUGUAAAACUUCAGAGGAGUAACAGUGAUACCAUGGACAGUGAUGUCUUGAAUACCAUUAAAGAUAACAGUUUGAAGCCUGUCAGUCUAAGCAUUGCAGAAGAUGUGCCACAGUGGAAGAAAAACAUGGAAGAAAGAAAGAAAAAACGAGAAGAGCUUGCUAAGAUUGAACUGUCAACAGUUAGAACCAAGUCUACAUCAUCUACUAGUGAUUCCAAGAUGAGACCUAAGUCUGCUGACAUCUUAGAUCUUAUGAAAAGAAAUGAACUUUUCAAAGUUCCUCCAACUGAUCUCAGCCGUUCUCCUCUACACAAGUCAGUUGAAAAUUUAGACAAAAAUAAAGAAAAUGAUUUUGGUCAAGUGUUGGAGGCAAAGGCAAAGCUGUCUAAGCCAAAGUCAAUGCUUUCUGAGCCAGUAAUACCAGGAAGUAAAUUGGAUUGGCAGUUGGAAGCUGAGAAGAAAAUGGCUGCCAUUGCGACCUUAGAAACCAAGCAAGGCUUUGACUCUCACAUCUCUAAAGUGUCUUCAAUUGUUACAUUCAGAGUGAAGGAUAGUGAAGAAAGUGUGAAAGUCACUGGAGGCUUCUCAAAGACAGACAUAAAAAAAACUGAUUUUGUCUUGGGUAAAAACAAAUUAAAAUCAAUAGAAAGUGUUGGUAACAUUCAAACUGGUAAAACUGAAGUGGCAUUCCCCGUUAACAGCAGGAAACCUGAAGAUCUUACCCAACGAGAAGAUUUCAGAGAAAAGCUUAGGCACUUAAAGCAUGUAGAUGCAGAUAAAUCAGAAACUGACAUAGACAUGGCAAAUGUUAAAGAAACAAAGAAAGAUACAGCCACAAAACUGAUAAGUGAAAUCACAUUACCUACGAAUAAUAACAACAACAAUUUAACAAAUAAAACAAAACUUACUGAUCAAGCUCACAUUGUUCGUUUGAAUGAAAAGCCUCAACCACUUACUGUUAGCAAUCUUAGUGAAAUACAAAGUAAUACACUAAAGGAUGAUGAUAGACAAAAUCCAGCCAGUGGUGAAGUGCAACUGGAUAUAAGUAUUAACAAUAAAUUGAUCAUCAACCAUGAAAGGAAACCAAAAUCAAAAAGUAAUGAAUCCGAUUCUGCAACUCCUAAACUGGAAUCACAUCUUCAUGGCAAAACCUCUCCAAAAGUCAAAAGAAAAAUUACUGUCUUAGGCCGCAACAAACAGGGCACUUUAGACAGCCCCCCAGCGUCUCCUGUUCUGAAAAAGAUUGAAGUGCCCUCAAAGUUUGAUUUUAAUGAAAGUUUAAAGUCCAGCUUGACAGAAUCAACAUCACAAAUGUCUAUAGAGGAUACAAGGACACCACCACCAAGACCACCUCCUAUUAUUGGAAAGAAAAGUCCUGGACAUAUCUCAGUUAUAGAGUUACAGCAACAGUUGAUGGAUAUUGACAGUAGAUUAACAGAUCUUGAGAUUAGGGGAAGGGAUUUAGAGGAUUCUAUUCGAAAAGUCAGUACCAGUGAUGACAAUGAUGAUGAUGAGUUGAUGAUAGAGUGGUUCAGCCUGAUCACUGAGAAGAAUGAUCUAGUCAGGAAGGAAGCAGAUUUAGUCUAUAUCUCCAGAGAACAGGAAUUAGAGAAUGAGCAAGAAAAGAUAGAAUAUCAGCUCCGUUACCUCCUGAAUAUUGAUGAGCACUUGAAGUCACCCGAGGAAAAGAAAGAGGAAGAGUAUUUGAUCCAACGUAAAGUUGAGCUUGUAGAGCAGAGAAAUGUUAUUGUGGACAGCAUUGAUGAAGACAGACUGAGGUAUGAGGAAGAAGAUAGACAAAUCAAAACAGUUCUUGAAGGAAAAGGUUUAUUGAAAGAUCAAACUGGCAUGACAAGAGCUAUGAAAGGGAAAAAAGUUGCAAGAUCCAUAUUUUACACUUGAUUGCUUAUACUCUUUUAGUUCAGAUUAGCAACAACCAAUGACUUGAUUGACCUGAUGCAUACUCAGAGUUUUGUGUCCUUUUGUUGCUUAUUUACUAAUUAUAAAUAUAAAUAAAUAGAAUACAUUUUAUUUAUAAUUUUUUUCAACACCAAUGUGUAUGAUACAAUUGAAAUUGUAGAAAAGCUUUAAAUAAGGUAUUCAGUUGUGCAAUACAUAGUUUGACAAGAAUCAAGUACUUUUAAAACCUAAAAAAAUUGGGAAAAUCUUUUUUUUUCCCCAUACCCUUGUUGCUUAAGCAUUUAGGUGUGCUUAUUAUUUAUUUAUACCCUACUUUCUUUUGUUUAGGUCUAAUCUAGUUUAAAAAAAAAAAAUUGUCAUUCAAAAAACUAACCUCUUUUCAUUAUAAGAAUUUUUAGAGACUUUUUGCUAAACUUUACAAACUUUAUAACAUUCAUGCAUUAAGUUUUUAAAUAUCUGCAUAAUAAAAUCUUUUGAGAGAUAUACGUUUUGCUUGUUGAAUACCUUACAAACCAGAAAUAGUUUUUGUUAUUUCUAAAAAUAGGCCUCUAUUAAUGAAGUCAUUCCAAUAUGUUCCUCACUGACCUUUUAUUUCUUCUAAUUUUAAAUGUUUUUUUAAACUACUUUACAGCAUUUGAGGUCAUUGAUUUUCUCAAUGUUGAGUGUAGACCAAAUGAAUACAUUCCUUAUUUACUCUAAAGAAUAAGUCUAGAUUUAGGACAAUAAACUUUAUUGUGAACUUUGUCCUCUACUUUGUUGUCAUACAGUUGUUAAAGUGUGUUCCAAGUUUCUUAGUUCAUCUUUUUUUUUUUUUAACCAUGUUGUUUUUUUUUAACUUUUAAAGAGCUAAAGACCAACAUUUUCAGUUUUAGUUUAUUGUUCAUUCCUUUAUAUUUUUUUUUUUAGUUCAUUUUUCAUACCUUUAUUUUUUUUUCUUUUGUGAUUAAAUGUCUCAUUGGGUUAAUUAAUGGAGUUUCAAAGUGUGCUAAAACUAUACUGAGGUCUCUAUUUAGUUCUAUAUCAAACUGAACUAUGAUCUUCAUGUGUUUCAAAACUAAAGAUGACAAGAUUGUUCUUUUGGUUUAAUGUAAAGUGAUCCAAAAAUAAACUGAAUGGUUGGAAACAUUUCGUUAGACUGAACUGUGAUGUACAGUUUGGUUCUAGUCUAAAAGGAUCUUAAGGUUUCAAUUCUAAGUUGAGCUAAAACAUCUAUUGGCUCUUCAUUAUGAACUAUUGCCUACAGAAUUCAUGUAUCUGAAAAUCAUUUGCAUUCGAGAAAUGAAUGUUUAAGUUUAUAAUGUUCUUAUAAAACAGUUAUGGUUGUACUUAGCUUUUAGUAUAGUCUGCUAAUAUUGCCAGGUGUGUCUGCAGACACCUUGAUGUAUAUAUUAGUCUAGUUUCAAUGUAAAUUCAUAAUAAUUUGUGUAGAUUUUAUACUAUUAACUUAUGUUUUUAAAAAGAUCUCUUGGCCAUAAAACUAUGGUAACUAAAUGAUUACUUGUAAUAUAUUCAACAUGAUGUCUGGUUACUGCAUCAUACAUAGUGAUUGCACUAACUGUAUUCAUACCUUCAGAAAUCUGCCCGAUCUUAUGACAUCAUUAACCGCUCUAAAGACAUCAGUUUUGAACUGGAUUGCUAUCUACCAUGCAUUGUCAAAGAGUUCACAUUGAGCAUUUCAUGCAUAGUUUGAUGUAACAAAAGAUUGGGAAAGAAGUUUGUUUUUAAAGCAAAUUAAACCUGUAAAAUAAAUACUGUGGCUACAUAAUUCUUGGCUUCAUAAUUUGUGGUGCUAUAAACUCAAUUUUACUAAACACUUUAGUGUAUAUAGUGAUUUUUUUUUUACCAGGUGAAAUUGUUUAUUGUCAUAAUUGUAAAUGUUAGUACAAAAAAAAUUCACUUUGUCAAACAUUUUAUAGCAUUUGUAAUAUAAACAACAUUGUUUAUGUUUUUUGAUUCUAUAUUGUUGUAUUUUUUUCCACUUCAACAUGCUUUAAACAGUUAACUGGGCUUUCACUUUCAUAAUAGUUAGCAGAUGUAUUAUAAAUGCUAAUAGAGUUACCUAACUUGAUCAUCAGAGGAAGAGCUAAGCUUUCUGUUUCUCUACUUGUAAAUAGUAGCAUAAAUUGUAGUCCCACUAAUUUUGAUAAAAUAUCAUAGUUUUUGUUACUGUUAUUGAAUUAAUGUGAUAUAAGAAUGCAAACUAAAGAUAUGUUUGUAUUGGAGCAGGUGCUGAGUGUGUUUGUGGUAUUUGUCUGUGAUGUAGCAGUAUUAAAUUCUUAUCUAAUUCUAAUUUGUAUUUAUGAAAUAAUUUUUUUUUAUUUAUUGUAAUAAAUGUAAUUUUGUUUUGUGCAAUUCAUUUGGUAUUUCUUUGCUAUCUAGGCUAGCUAGAUAUGCAACUUCCUCUGUGACAAUGUGGCAUGAAUUUACAUUGUUUGACUGCCAUUGUUAGCAUAAAACUGACUGUCUCUUGAAUCACAUAGUGCUGAAGUGCCAUAAACAUAGCUUCCAUUUGUAUUGUUAUAAAUGGUGCUGGUUUGUUUCUGUAAAGGAGUCACAGUUAGUUCUGUAGCAAUCUGCUUGUGGUAUUUGAAAUUAUGCUAUGCUGAGUUAGACUAGACUGUUACAGUAAUCUUAUUUUGAAUUCCAUUGCUAAGCUUUGAAUUCCAUUGCUAAGCUAAUUUGGUUUUGUUUCUCAAACUUUUGUAUGGAGAUAUCUACAGUUGUCUACUAUCUGAUCUAAUAAAACACAACUAGCAUCAAUAAACUCAAGAAAAAAAACAACAACUAAUUCUUUAUAAUAGGAAUAAAAACAAAAUUAAACACUAAUAAUGAAGUGUUCUUUUUUUCUAUUUAUUUACAAUAAACACAUGUCAAUUUUGAAAUAAUUUAAUUUGUGUUCCAGUUGUUUUGAAUUUAAGCGCAAUAUAUUUAGUAUUAACACAGACUUAGCUACAUAACAGAAGGCUAUGUCUCAAUUUAAAUUUUUAGAAUCAUCAACUUUUUCCUUAGAUAAUUUUACAUUUUAAGCUAUGGCAAUGAAAUUAUUGUUCACUUAGUCUCAUUUAGAUGUUUUUUGUUUGUUUUUUUUUACUUUAGGAAGCCAGAUAUCAUCAUUGAUUUUUCUAUGCAUUUUUUCUUUUUUGUCUUACCAACAAACUGCCAUUUGCUCUUGCCACUUAAGGAAUUUUUUUCAAUGUAACAAUUCUUCAUUCAAUACAAAUUUCAUUUAAAAAGUCAUGUAAAAUAUUAAUAUUCAUUCAAAGUGCCUUUGUUGAAUUAAAAAAAUAAAUAAAAAAAGAUUUUACAUAAAAAUUAUUUAUUAUAAUUUAAAAAAAAAAAGAAUCAACUAAGCAUUUUUGUUUCUUGUGCCUUGAACACAUAUAAAAGUGAAUCAGUAAUGGCUUAAAUUGCUACUAAAAAGUGAUGUAUCAUAAGUCUGUAUCUAUAUGAUGAUUACUCGUUAUUUUAAGAAUUUACAAUUAAUGUUCUGGUUGUUGUAAAUAAAAUAUAUUUACACACAUU